AUGACGAUGAGAGGAUUAACUUUAUUUUUACCUCCAGGGUUCCAUACUGUAAGACAGGAGAAGUACAAGGAAAUGGAACUACGGCAACUAAAACCGGCAAUCAUCCGAUAUGGUGGAGAAUUGUGGCUCCGGUAG